UACGAACGAACUGCAUCUUGUGCCUUCCGUUUCCCAGGAAGUUCUCGAUCGUUCUGCUUUUUUUUGUCACCUUUUAUAUUUUCUAUUUGUCAGCAAAGCAAGUGCGCAAGAAUGUUUGCUUGUCUAGUUGCUGGGAGGUUGGUGCAAGGUGAGCCACAGCAAGUUGAUCCCACCCACUUCAUCUUCAACAUUGACAACGCUGCCUCCAUCAAUCAUGUCAUUGUCUUCCUCACCGGGGCUGCAGCUUUCCCGGAAGGUACAGGAGCGGCGGUCCACUUCGGCCAGCCCAGCCCCACUGGAAUGACGUGGCACAACCUGGGUUACAUCUCUAAUGAGAAACCCAGUGUUAUCUUCAAGAUAUCAGGACUAAAAAAUAUGCAAUCAACACCAAAUAGCUUUUUUACACAAGCACAACAGGCCAAUGCACUGCUCCCUUCCACUUCAGCCCAUAUAGGGAUUGCUGUAGAGCCUUUGGCAGAGUUGAAGCAGCAAACACCUGCAGCAAAUACACAAGCAUCGAAUGUAGAAUCCUUUGUGCAAUUCACCCAGAAGAUGCUGGAGAACUUCUACAACUACGCCUCUUCUUUCGCCAUCACCCAAGAUCAGAUGACCCCUCAACCUGGUGUCCAGUACCUGCCCGCUGACGUCCUUACCAAGUGGUAUGAAAACUUCCAGAGAAGACUCACGCAAGAUCCAAAUUUCUGGAAGAAAUGAGAUGAAAAUUCUACACCAGCGGUCAUACUGACGCUCAUGUGCACGCACAAAUGCUGAAAUGCUAAACUACAUGUAUCAGACUAUUGAACUAAAGCAUUUAAUCAUACUUUGCCAGUUUACACGUAUUAGAAUUUCAGGGUCAGUAUGUCAUCGUCCGUUG